ACAGUACAUAAAAUAAAAACCCUCCUUUAAUCUCUUGCUGUUUUAUAAAGUCUGAUCUUGCUUCCCUUUCUGUCCAACUACCUUUUCCAUUUGCUCUAUCAGUUUACACAAGGAGCUGUUCUUAGAUCCUUUUCAACUUCAGAGAAAAGGAUCUUGCUUCCCUUUAUGGGAUUCGACUUGGUACCUUAUUGUGUAUGAGGGUCUAUAAUUUGCUCUAUUCUUGAGUGAGUCCCGUAAGCUGCAGAAGGAAGCCAUGGAAUGCAGUUCUGAGCAAUGAAGUCGAAUAGCAGCUUAUCGCUUUCUGGAUCCAGUCUUGCUGCUGUUGAAUCCUUAUCCAUGCCUCUUGUGUGUAUUUUCUCUCCUCUGUUACAUGCGUUAUUUCACAAAGUUCAUUUUCAUUUAGGCCUGACUUGUGAGCUUAAUUUGUUUCAAAAACAGUUCCAGGAGGUUGUUCUCUCGUCUGAUAUACGAUGUUCUGGAUGUCAAAGCAGACUUGCUGACAUGAUGUCCAAAAUGGGUGAUAUAGAGUCGGUUGUGGUGAGCGCUUCGGAGAAGAAGGUUACAAUCAUAUGCAGAUAUCCAAGUACUGCAGCAGCCAAGGUGCCAGAUCGGCUAGUUCCUGCUGUACACAGGAGUCCUCUCAAAAAAUUCGCCUUGAUUAAACGCAUACUUCGUUCUUCCUGAAGUCGAAUGAUUCCAAACAAGAGAAAACCAGCAUUACAUGCUAGGGAAAAUUCAUUGUUAGAAGUGAUUUUUGUUUUCUGAAAUUGAGUGUGUGCUUGUUGGUUUUACAUUGAUCAAUAGUUGAUAUGUACAGAAUCUAAGCUUUUUUUAAAAAAGAAAAAGAAAAAAGAAGAAGAUAUGUACAGAAUCUAACGGUAACUGGUAUGUGAAAUAAGAGGGGAGAUAUUGGAGAUGAUUUGGGAAAAUUUUGGCUUCUUUUUUGGAGUUAUGCGUGUUUGGAAGAAAAAACAAGGAGAGAGACCCUUUUUGAAAGGGGACCUCAAAUUUUAUAUAUAAGCCUUUGAGUUGAAGAAAAGAGGUAGUAUCAAUGCAUAUGCAAAACUUUGCCAUUUUCUGAGGAAACAGAUAAAGCUUUAGAAUGAAGUUAAGGAUAAUAAUAACUUAAAUGCAUAAGAAACA